ACCCAAUAUAGAAGGAAAUCGCUCAUCCCGGUACUCCUCUUGAACCUCACCGUUGAGUCGUUGGCUAAGGUGUCGGGCCACUGCUACAUUCUCCGUUCUCGCCGGAAUUCCGUCAUCUAUAAGCUCCUAUUCCGUUCCUUUCUUUUUUUGUUGGACUUUUUCGGUGUCGCUCCUACUCCCUUACAGUUGACCAAGGCGUCGUGCUACUGCUGCAGCCGUCUCAAUUGCCGGAACCCUGUUGACACUCCGGUAUCCGUACAAUAGGGAAAAACAGCGCGACGGUUACCUUUACCUCAUCUAUUUCCACAAUCGGGACUAGGCAGUGCUGAAGCACCUCCUGCGUUCUCUUUGCAGAAUAGCCGGAAACCUUCAGUUCACUUCUAAGACUACCUUUAUUUGAGUUCUGCGCCAAUCAGCCAGCUGUUCAGCAAUUAUGAUAUUUGUUGCCGGGGUUCCGUUUGAGAGCAAUUCCUCCUACCAGGGAAACUGUGAUCUUGUUGCUCUGAUGGAGCACCCUAAACUUGUCUCUGCUUCACUCUCUUUCAAAGCAAUCCCUGAGAAGAAAUAUUCAACUUCUGAUGCAUCUUCAGAUGAACUCACAAAAAGCAAGCAUGUUUAUUUGUUCCAACGAGAAUAUGCUACAGUCGACCCUCUGCUUGUUGAUUUAAUUGGCACGGAUGAAGCGACUACUUGUGUGGGCGUUGUAAUUAGAAACCGGGACAAUGGAAUGACUUCAGUUGCCCACAUGGAUUCUCCAAAAAUUGUAGACCUUGGCCUGUCUCAGAUGCUGUCAAAAUUAGUCGAUUGUAAACAUGAUAGCGACAUGGAUGUGCAUCUUAUAGGAGGUUUUGAAGAAAUUUCAUAUAAAAAUACUGAACAAACUGGAUCUGAAGGCAAUCCGGAGCAAGUAGACCAUUCUUUUCCCCUGUGUGCUAAAAUCAUUGAAGCUUUGGGAAAGAGUGCGGUGAAGUUUCAUAUCCAAAAUUUAUUUGUCCUUGGCCACAAUACCAGAAAAGAUACUGCAGGGAAUACACUCCCGAUAUUCAGCGGCAUCCUAGUAGAAACUAGGACUGGAACUGUCACCCCAGCCACAUUUGAUCAGACCACAAGAUGCCCAGAUGAAAUGGUUAGGAGAAUCCGAAUCUCUGCUUCCUUUUCGGACACCCGUUGGAGAAAUAAGUUACUCGAGACAUAUGACACUCGAACUGACCGGUUCAUCAUUGCCCCGUGCUCUUGGAGCAUACACCUGGUACAUAUGUCAUCUUUUCUACAGAAGCUUCCUGAUUCUGAAAUCCUUCGUACUUGUUCCACUUCACCUUUUGCUGAGGCACCAGACUUCAUACAUAAUCAAAGAAGGCAGUGGGAUUAUUUGAUUCAGCAUCCAUAUUGGAAGGAAACUUUCCGGAUGGGAGAGCCGCGCAUAUUUACAAGGGCUGUUAAUGGAGAGUGGAUAAUGGUUGAGUAAGCACAAGAACCAGCGAACUGAUAUAUUUGGCGCUCAACAAAAACUAUCUUGGAUAAAUUUAGAGUAUCCAUUGAUCCAGUGUUGUGGAUUUGACAACGGAGUUAUCUUUUCUGUGUUGCAUGCUGCGUACUGUGAGUGACGAGUUGUGGUAAAUAUUCGGGUGGAUUUGUUGCUCGUGAUCUGUUGAUAUGCCAAAAUGUUGCCAGAAUUAUUUUCAUAAUCUUCUAGCAACCCCUCUUCCCCUUUCCACAAUAUUUUUACCGUUCUGAUUAUUGAUCCUUGAAAAUAAGAGACGGAAGCACACAAAAUUAUGAAGGGAUGUCUGCAUUCAUAAACAUAGCACUAUGCCACUUUGUGUAAGAUUAGUACUAUGAUUAGAGUCAUAUUUUGUCUACUGUGAUCAAAGAUGUUGAAAUAAUGUUUUUAUUCAAUAUGAUACUUCAUUUAAGUAUUGAACUAUUAA